GGACAUGCAGCUUAUCAAAUCAUAUCCUCAAACUUCACAUUCUCAGAGUACUCUUACAUAUUCAAAAAAUGUUAAUGAAAUUAAAUCAACAUCAUUCCUGCCGAAAUCUAAAGAGCAAAAAACUGACAAAUCCAUUUCUAAACCAAAUAAAGUAAUAAGGAAACCAUUAUUUGAAGAAGUUCAAUCUCACACUAAAUCUUAUUCUCAAAGUUCAAAACAACAAAAAAAUAAAAGUUCAAUUGUGAAAGAACUUUUCUCAACAGAGAAACAUAUGACCAGUAUGCAGCCAGCUACUCCGAUAUAUUCAAAAUAUAAUAAUGAAAUAAAAUCAACAUCAUUCCUCCCGAAAUCUAAAGAUCAAAUCCCUGACGGAUCCAUAUCCAAACCAAAUGAAUAUUUGGGUAUUGAGAAAAUGGAUCGCGAGUUUCAACAACAUAUGAACAGAAACAUAGCAUUUUUAAAAGUUGAAAUAAGGAACAUUCAAAACAACCAGUUGGUUAUUUUGGAGCGACUAGAUUCAAUCCAAUCUCAUUUAGAAGAUCAACCACUUAUUGAUAAAACAAAUUCAUCUAUAAAUGAGUUGGCUAAUUAUCAAUUUCCUAUUGACAAUGUAGUAGACCUUUAUACAUUUGAGGAUAAUAUAAGUGGGGACCAACAGUUCAGAACUCAUUUGGUGAAAGAAUUGUCAUAUAUCGGAGGAAAGCACACAAAAGCCAUGGUACAACGAAUAAUGUCAAAAUUAUUCAAAGAUGAAUUAUUAAAAAAUUAUUCAUUCACUGGAAAGAAAGGAAAAACCCCAUUCUCUUCAUUGGCGAUUUGUUCGGUAAUAUUUGAAGCUGUGAAAAAACAAAUAAAAUUUAAAAACGUUCCACAAAAUGAAAUUGAGGAAACUAUCAAAUAUAUUUUGGCUCAAGCUCCAUUCAACCUCAAACGUUCAACUUCUAAAAUGGACAAACAGUCUUCUAGCUCAGCUAUAAUGCAGUCUACAACAUAA